AUGACGGGGGAUGAUGGUGGUGUUGAACUUGAGAAGGAAGAGCAGAACCAAAAGAUCACGAAGAAGGAGAAGGAGAAGCAAUUGGGCAAAAACGAGUUGGGGAAAAGAGCUGCGAGCAGCAAAGGGAAAGGAAGUAGUGAAAAUGGGUCUCGGAGACGGUCUUCGCGUUUGGUCCUGUUGGAGAAAACUAAUGAGAUGGUGGGGAAAGCUUCGCCGGUACCUGGGAAGAGGUCGCGGGGGGCUAUGUUGAAGGGUAAAGAUAGACUGAAGGUCAUAAAUAGACGGGCCAGUCUACGCCCGAGGGAUGUCGUAUGCGAGAAGGCUGCUCCCUCAACUAGGCCUCCAUCUACAGCUGAUGGCCCGGUUUUGAAGAAACGACGCGUGUCUGAGGGUGAUGCUGUGGUCCCCAAAAAGUCAUCCGAUACCAGUGCCAUUGACGAUACGCGGCCGCCCAAGCGGACAACGCAAAAGAAGUGGCUUUCGCAUGGUCUAUAUGCGGGGCAGGAUCGUUACUUUGAUCCCAGGCUUACAGAGGAGAAGAACCGGCUUAAAUUUGGAAAACAGAAUGCAGAGGACAGGAAGAAGGCUUUCCCAUUGCCGAUGUUUGCGGGAGAGAGGCUGAUUGAGGAUGGCAGAGAUUUCAAGUUGCCUUUUGAUAUAUUCUCACCACUACCCCCUGGCCAGCCGAAACCGGAUGAGUGGCGGAAGACUAAUAAAAAUGUAUUCGUCGGCGAUGCGGCUUGCAUAUGGAAAGCGAUCAAACUCAGAGAGCGUUCUACAUGCAUGUGUACUCCUGAGUUAGGUUGUGAUGAGAACUGCCAGAAUCGGUACAUGUUCUACGAAUGUGAUGACAACAACUGUAAACUGGGCGCUGAACUGUGUGGCAAUCGAAGUUUCGAAGGGCUGCGCCAGCGCAUCAAGAUGGGUGGCAGGUAUAACAUUGGCGUUGAGGUAAUCAAAACAGCGGACCGUGGAUAUGGGGUACGCAGCAAUCGGACUUUUGCGCCUAACCAGAUAAUUGUGGAGUACACCGGUGAGAUUAUCACUCAGGAGGAGUGUGAGAGGCGCAUGAGGACUGUGUAUAAGGAUAAUGAGUGUUAUUAUCUUAUGUAUUUUGAUCAGAACAUGAUCAUCGAUGCCACCCGGGGUUCCAUUGCCCGGAUGGAAAAGUGGACAGUUGCCGGAAAACCGCGCAUGGCCCUAUUCGCUGGUGAAAAUGGGAUCAUGACUGGAGAAGAGCUCACCUACGAUUACAACUUCGAUCCCUAUUCUCAAAAAAACGUACAGCAAUGCCGCUGUGGAGUGCCGACAUGUCGUGGCGUGUUGGGCCCCAAGUCUAAAGACUCUAAUAGGCCGCGCAGCGAGAAGCAGACAAAUUCAAAUCUGUCUCAAGAGCCAAGGAAAAUUUCGGCAGUGGGCAAGAAGCGGAAACGGGAGAAAGUCCUCGACGAAUCCUCCACGUCGCACCUCAACAAAAGAAAAAAGAUUCUCAAGCCAGCAUCGAAAGCACUCAAGCCUAGCAUCAAGAAAGCUGUAGCCAGCACCCGACCAGCCACUAAUUCAAACAAAAGGGCGAAAGCGAAACCAAAUCCCAAGACCAAAACCUCUACUAUUACUACUAUCAAAGCCAAUUCAGUUCCAACUAAGAAAUCUACAGUCAGACCCCGCGCCACAAUAUCGAGAACAAUCCCUGCAAAACAGAAGACUCAGAGAUCUGCGGCGAAGACCCCAUCCCAGACGCAGCCGCAAGGCAACACGAAGCUCAACCGACCUUCCAAAAAGCUGAACUCCAUUUCUGCUGCACGCGCCGCAAGUAGGACCCCAGCUGCUAUGAGACGGUUCCUGGAAGCAGGGAAAAUGAAUCAUAAAAAAGAAGACGACGCGAAGGAAACCACAUCCUUGUCUUCUCGGAGUUUAACUUCGAAGACAAAAGCUGGAGUGCCCGUGACGCAGAGGAGAUAUACGAUGAACAACCCUGGAAAACAGUCUAAGAUUAGUAAAACUGUGAAGAGAAUGGUUGGGACCAUGAGACGGGGUAGAAAAUCUGCUUGA